CACCACCAUUGUGACGUGGAUAUUCGUAGUCUCUACGUCCUACUGAAUGCCCAUCGCAUUUGUGUAGUCAGCUCAGUCCUUAGGAGUCCACGUGAAAAAGGGACUAGUUUAAAGACCCUGUAAGGGAUACUUCACAAUGGUUGACGUGGUGGACAGCCUCAAGUUACUGUUCGAUCGCCCGAACGAACCUAUGCUAUCACCUAAGGGCGAUGACAAUACACUUUUCCAACUCACCGAACAGUUCUUGAAUGAAGAUUACAUGAACAAUGGUAUUGAAAUAAACAAUCGAUAUGGAGAAAUGGCAAAUAAGGUUAUACCACUGAAGGAAUUAUCACAGCUGCCUCAGUUUAAUCUGGCUCGUCGUCUGCCUGCUGAUGCAGAGUUCUCAACAUUCCUCCCUGCCCAUCAGGAAAUGGCAGAUGAAGUCAUUGAUGAAUUAUUAUCUGUACCUGAGAAUCAACUUCAAGAUUUCUUAUCCUUAUGUGUUUAUGCACGUGUUAACCUCAAUCCGCAAUUGUUCAACUACUGUUAUUCUGUUGCACUGAUGCACAGGAAGGACACAAAAAAUGUGCCCAUUCAGAACUUUGCAGAGACCUUCCCAUCUAAAUUCAUGGAUUCUCAAGUAUUUGCUCAAGCAAGAGAGUCUGCAGCCGUCUCAGCACAAGGGGCUCCACGUGUUCCUAUCAUCAUUCCGAGAGAUUACACCGCGACAGACUUGGAUGUUGAACAUCGAUUGGCCUAUUUCCGAGAAGAUAUUGGUGUUAACCUUCACCAUUGGCAUUGGCAUCUUGUUUAUCCCUUCUCGGCUAGACAACGUCAAGUCGUUGAUAAAGACCGACGCGGAGAACUAUUCUUCUAUAUGCACCAGCAGAUCAUUGCCAGAUAUAACGGAGAACGCCUCAACAAUGCCUUAGCUAGAGUCAAGAAAUUCAGCAACUGGGAUGAACCCAUUCCUGAAGGAUACUUCCCGAAACUGGACAGUCUAACAACAUCACGUGGAUGGCCUCCAAGGCAGGCAAAUAUGGUUUGGCAAAACCUCAACCGUCCCAUUGACGGCCUAAACAUUACUGUCGCAGAUAUGCAAAGAUGGAGAAGGAAUGUAGAAGAAGCUAUUGCCACUGGUAUUGCUCAAAGAGCCGAUGGAACAACUCAAGCCUUAGACAUUGACACACUGGGAAACAUAAUUGAAUCCAGCAUCUUGUCUCCGAAUCCGCAACUCUACGGCGCUCUGCACAAUAAUGGCCACAGUUUUGCUGCUUACAUGCAUGACCCAACACACCGUUACCUAGAAAGUUUUAGUGUAAUGGCUGACGAGGCAACGACAAUGCGCGAUCCAUUCUUUUACCGUUGGCACGCCUUUGUGGACGAUCUUUUCCAGAGAUUCAAGGAAUCUACGCACGUGCGACCAUACACGCGAUCUGAGUUGGAGAAUCCGGGCGUCCAAAUAACUUCUGCGCGAGUGGAGAGCAGCACAGGUGGGCAGAAUACUCUCAACACUUUCUGGACGCAGAGUGAUGUUGAUCUGUCCCGUGGCCUUGACUUCUCCAACAGGGGUCCUGUCUACGCUCGUUUCACCCAUCUCAACCAUCGUCCUUUCCAAUAUGUUAUUGACGUAAACAAUACCGGCAACGCUCGACGCACAACGGUGCGCAUAUUCAUUGCACCAAAGUUCGACGAACGCAACCUACCCUGGGCGUUGUCCGACGAGCGUAAGAUGUUCAUCGAGAUGGACAAAUUCGUCAUUCCAUUAAACGCUGGCCAGAAUACAAUCGUCCGCCAGUCGACGCAAUCAUCUGUGACAAUUCCAUUUGAGCAGACAUUCCGCAAUCUAUCACAGCAAGGCAAUGAUCCCCGACAGACUGAUCUGACCAGUUUCAACUACUGCGGUUGCGGUUGGCCGCAGCACAUGCUGGUGCCGAAGGGUACAGAGGCAGGCGCACAGUACGAUCUCUUCGUUAUGCUUUCCAACUACGAUCUCGACAGCGUAAAUAAUCCGGAUGGCUCCACAUUAAGUUGCGUCGAGGCCUCCAGCUUCUGCGGCUUGAAGGAUAAGCUGUAUCCUGACAGACGCAGCAUGGGUUAUCCUUUCGAUAGACCUUCCAGCACCGCGGCCAACAUCCAGGACUUUAUCCUGCCCAACAUGUUCCGCCAGGACAUCACCAUUCGCUUGCAAAACGUUACUGAGCAAAAUCCCAAAAAUCCUACAAAUUAAUUAAUAAUGAAUCCACAUUCUGUUAAGCUUUGAUCUUUAAAGCUUUUAAUUAUCUACCUAACGACGGUUAUGCCAUAAACAUAUAUGAACCAUAAACAUAUUUUAAUAUUUUAUAUAUCAUUGUACUUUCAUAAUAUUAUAAAGCCAUAACCAUAAAAAUAUAGUUUUAUAAAAACCGUUUAUUCAUGCUCUUAAAAACCGAGACAAAGUGGAUACUAUAACUUUUAUAUUAGGUACCUACUUACUGAAAUAGUUAGUGGGUAAGUACAAGGUUAGCAUAUUUUUUAUUUCUUGUACCUUUUAUAAACUACAUCUGUGAAAGGCUGAUAGACUAAGUCGAAUGUUAUUUUUAGUGUUAGUACUGUACAUAAAUUUAAGAGCUAUUUAACUAUUAACUUUUAAUGUGACCUUUAAAUAUAAUAAUU